CAUUUCGAUUUAAAUUGUAUUUAUAUAUAAACUAUAUAAUAAUUCUUUAAAAUAUGUCGGAUCUGAUGAAAAUAUUUGGAGGUUGGCCACCAGACCAGGGCCCAGUUGCAUCAAAGCCCGCCCUGGAGACUGUGAAGGCGGAGGAGUUCGAGGUCAGCCCCAUGGUCUUGGGCCUGAUGCUGUCCUUUUUGCUGUUUGUGAUCGCCUUCUGGAUCUGGCUGAUCUCCCGCAGCUGUCUGCUGGCUCAGCCAGUGAAGCCAACCAAAGACCGAAAGCCGCGACAGCAGGGAGGUCAAGCUGCUGGGGCCAGAAAAUCUUUGGGUCGUAUCCUAAGCAAAAAGGGGCAGAGUGACGCGUCCUUUUCCAGCAAACAGAAGUCGAGCAGCUUGUUAACGUUGCCGCAGAUCAGAUCCCCGCGACUAUCGAGACGCUAUUAUAUGGGCUUGGACCGGAUGGAGCCCUACAAACUACGCUUUGAGUCGGAGCGCACCUCAAGCGAUACGAAAACGAUCACUCAAAGCACAGUUAACAGGAUAACAGAAUCAACAUCUUUGUCAGAGUCAAGCAGUCGAUUGUCUAGAGAAUCCUCCAUAGGAAAUACAACGUCUAAAACGGGAACGGAAACGGAAACGGGAUCAUCACCAUUGUCAGAAUCAAGCAGUCGACCGUCAAAAGAAUCCUUCACAGGAAACUACACAACCGGAAUGUCUACCUCCCCCCACGGCUGCUUGGUGACGAAUCGGAGCAGGACAGCGGGUUUGCCCAUGACGAAAUACAGAAUACGGUGGGCCAACUUGGGCAAUCAGAAGGACGAAGAACCCAACACGGAGACUACCAACAGCGAGAGGGGUUGAGAAAGAGUAUUCAAAAAACGAUUGGCAUUCACCCUACACCUUCGUUCUGUCAAACAAAG